AUGGGCGCGAGCACGACCGUGCGCGUCCUGGUGAUCAUCGCGAUCAUCGUCGCACUCAUCGUCGCAUUGAUCUACCUCGUCGGGCGGGCGAAGGUCCGGAGCAACGAUCGACUGAAACAGCUGUUCAACAGCGAAACGUUGGACACGCUGCGCAUCGGUGUCGGCGUUACAGCCGAAGAGAUCAAGUACAACGAAGAGGCCCAAUCGAUCGUGGAAUUGGAGCGCGCCGACAACACUGCAGCGGCCGACAAGCAUGUGGCUCUCGGUACGAUCGUGGUCCGAUACGCCGCCACGUACGAUCGAUUCAUCGUCGAUCCGGCGCACAGACAGUUUCUGCGCAGCGGUGAACAGCACGCGCUGUUGCUGAACGCCUAUUUCGUGAUCAACGACGAGCCGGAGAGCGCCCUGUUGGCGGACGAGAUGAUGGAGCGACGACCGAGCACGCGGGCCGGUGCGAACGUGAUUCUGUACGGACCAUCGGGCACCGGUAAAACUGCGGCCGCUCGAGCAGUGGCCCGGUCGCUCGGUUCGACUCUGGCGUUCGUCAACGCGGAGAACCUGCUGUCGGCCUACCGCUUGGAGACCAAGAAAAAACUGCGCUCGCUGUACCGGAAGAUGCGCGCUCUCGUUUGCAUCACCGGUCGCAACGUGUUGCUGCUGCUGGACGCGGUGGACGGACUGGUGAAGAAUCGUAGCGGUGCCGUGACCAGCGGCGAGUACAGUCUGCUCACGAGAUUUCUCACGAUUCUCGAACCGAACGACGGGACGGACAACUACGGCGUGUUCAGCAUCUUCACGACCAACCGUCUAAGCAACCUGGACGACGCGUUUCGUCGUCGGUGCGCCGCCGUGUUCAUGGGUUACGUGGGUUACGUGGGAGGCCACGGUGCGAUUGUUCAACGCUUUUCUGCACUGACCGAUUGA